CCAAGAAAUUCAAGUAAACAGGCGCCUAAUACACUACCAGCCGUUAAUUCUCUCUUUCUCUUUCCAGUAAGGUUGGUUAACAUUAGCAAUGCCUUGGAAGCAGCAGUCUGUGAAAGAUUCUUCUUCUUCUUGAAUUUCAGUUGCGUUUGAUUCUGAUGUCAGUUUCUUGGCAAGCUCUCGGCAGCCUCAGCGCUCUUUCAUUAGCAGCGCCUCCCUCCUCUAUCAGAACUCGUUGUUCCUCACUCCCUGGGUUUCAGGAGAUGUCCCCGGGGCCCUUGCGCUUGGAGUCCAGAAGUGAUUUUAUCAACUUGGCGCAAUCAGAGAAGGUUAUCGAGAAAAACAGAGAUUUUGUGCCGGGAAAGGACGGGCAAGAGCAAAACGAAGAAGACGAAGGAAUUUCCAUGUCAACAAUACAAGUGCCGAGGCAGAAGUACAUCCCGGUUUCAAAGGCUGAGCUGCUAGACGCCAUCGUUCUGAUGAUGUUCGAGUCGCAGCAAGAUGAUGGUGAUGAUGCCCAUCACUUUCUUCUUCUCUCAUCGUGCUUGGACUCCAUUCUUCAUGCUGAACACAAAGGAAUUUUAGAAGAAAUGCGUACUGAUUAUUCCUUUUCUCAUUCCAUGGGGAAAAGAAAAACAAUUAAUGAUGGUUCAGCUAGUUCAGACUCAGCUAGUUCAGACGGAAAGUUUGUUACUAAUGGGAAGGAGUCAGAAUAUGCUGGAGAUGACAUUAAUGGAGUUGGGAGCGUAGAGAGAUAUGAGGAGGAAGAUAAUGAACUUGAUAAGCCUAUAUCUUUCAUUCACGGUUUGGACUUGAGAAAUCUAUUGGGCUCUUCAGACAAAAAUGUCAAGAAAUAUUCUGAUGGUGGAUCCAGGGUUGCUGUUGCCACUCGUUUCCAGCGUACUUUCAUGCAACUUCUUUAUGAUGCUCAGUUUGAAGAAUUAUCAGCUAGGGACUUGAUGUUGACAUCUGCAAUGAACACAGAUUAUCUUCUUACUUUGCCAGUAUAUGUUGAUUGGAAGAGAGCAUCUGAGUCCAAUGCAAUAAUAUUCAGGCGGGGAUAUGCAACUGAGAGGCAGAAGGGCCUCCUUAUUGUUGAAAAACUAGAUUACAUACAGUCCAAACUUCUGCGAGGAAUUUUCUUUAUAAUAUCCAAGCCCUUAGGGAAACUUGUCACCUGGAUAAAUGAGGCUCUCAAAACUGCUAUCCAGACAAAAGAAGUACAAGAGUGGAGUGAGAGAAUGAAGCUUUGGCUUAAGGAUCUGUCAGUGUUUCAGCAAUCAUCUCUGUAUAAUCAACGUGUUUCUGAUGAUCUGUUGGGAGUGCAGCAAUUAUCAGAUAGGGACCUUCCUAUUUGGCUGGCAGCACAGAGGGCAGUAACUCGUUAUGAAGGGAUAUUGUCACCGGUUGGUCCCCGUCGAAGGCUCUUGAGGAAAUUGCUUUCAUGGAUUGGACUAAUCCCACCUACACCAGAAACACCAUAUGAGCUUGAUAAAGAUAGUAAUUCUUCAGAAUCUUACAAGAGGCCUAUUUUCUUAUCAAGGAUAUCACUUAGUGAUAUUUGGAGACCGGCUUCAAGGAAAUACUGUGGAAACAAUCUUUGGAAGAUAUUUAAAACUUCCAUUUCCAUUCUUCUCUCACAGUCAAUCCUCCAGGAGGCAGCAUUCCAAGAAUUGAUUUUACUUUAUACCAAGGAAGACAGCAAGAGUGAUGCUGAAAGUAAAGCUGACGUUCAAUCAUUACAGUUAAAGAUCUAUGAAAGAAUUCCUAUUCCGGAUUUACCAGUCAUAUUCCCUCACAAAAAGCUAUCUUUCCGUAUCAUAGACACGGUACGCUUGGAUGCUUCCACAAUAGUGGGACUUUUGGCAUUCUUCAUAAACUACAAGUUUGAGGAUGUCUUAUCUUCCCCAUCAGCAGUAGUUCUUGAUGCGGUUGCUAUCAGCGCUCUUAUAAUUUAUGUGUCUCGUGUGGUUCUAGGUUACAAGCAGACCUGGGAUAGGUAUCAAUUAUUGGUGAACAAGACACUUUAUGAGAAAACCUUAGCAAGUGGCUUUGGCUCAGUGCAUUUUCUUUUAGAUGCUUCUGAACAGCAGCAAUACAAGGAAGCCAUUUUGGCGUAUGCAAUCCUUCUCAAAGCAGAAAAGGGCCAGGUCACUUGUCGCGGAAGUGUUGGGGACAAAUGUGAGAGAUUCAUGUAUGAUGCAUUUAAAGUAAAGGUUGAAAUGCCGAUCGACAAGGCAAUCAAUACAUUGGUGAGGCUGGGCCUUGUUGUAACUGAAACGGAUGCUAUUGAUGCGAGUGAUGGAGUGCAGGCUGUUCCCUGUCCAAAGGCAUACGAGGGCCUUAAAGAACGUUGGAAUUGUUUGCUCAGAUAAGUUUGAUUCAUUUUCACGCUACCUGCUACGUAUGAAAUGAUCAUGUGUUUUUUAUUUUUAUUUUUAUUUUUUUUGGCAAAAAGUCAUUGAAAAGAUUCGAGUUUGUUUUAAAUGGCUUUUUUUUCAGGAGUAAUGUUUGCUACACAACAUUUGUACAGCAAAGCUGACGUGAAAAUUAUUUUCAAUUUUUUUUUUUUUUUUUUAUGGAGUGUAUAAUGUUGUCCAGUAAUUUCCACAUCAGCUUUUGUGCAACAAACAUUAGUACUCCUUUCUCAGUGGGUAUCAAAAUGUCAUUGUAUGUGAUAUUUGUUUGGAUAGUGGAAAGUGGAAAUGAAGAAUAAGAUUGCCCUACUUGGCUUCUUCUCGUA